GCUCCCGUGUCUCCUCCGUCCCCUCCUGCCGCGCGGCGUGAGCUGCGGGCUCGGGCCCCCCCGGCCCCCCGCCCCUCCCCCUUCCCCCUCCCCCUCCCCUCCCCCCGGGCCCCGCGCCCCCCCCGCCCCCGCCCCCCCCAUGGACAUGCUGGACCCGGGUCUGGACCCCGCUGCCUCGGCCACCGCCGCCGCCGCCGCCGCCGCCGCCAGCCACGAGAAGGGAGCCGAAGCGGAGGAGGGCGUCGAGCUCCAGGACACCGGGGAAGGGCCUGGGGCCGAGGAGCAGACGGCGGUGGCCAUCGCUAGCGUCCAGCAGGCGGCGUUCGGAGAGCACAACAUCCAGUACCAGUUCCGCACAGAGAAUAAUGGAGGACAGGUAACAUACAGAGUGGUCCAGGUGACGGAUGGCCAGCUGGAUGGCCAGGGAGACACCACCGGGGCUGUCAGCGUGGUGUCCACAGCAGCUUUCACAGGGGGGCAGCAGGCCGUGGCGCAGGCUGUGAUCCAGAACCCUUUCAGCAAUGGGGGCAGCCCAGCCGCUGAGGCAGUCAGUGGGGAGGCCCGCUUUGCCUACUUUCCAGCAUCCAGCGUGGGUGAUGCCACAGCAGUGUCCGUGCAGACCACGGACCAGAGCCUACAGGCAGGAGGCCAGUUCUAUGUGAUGAUGACACCCCAAGAUGUGCUUCAGACGGGAACGCAGAGAACUAUUGCCCCUCGGACCCACCCGUAUUCUCCGAAAAUGGAUGGGACAAGAACCCCCCGAGAUGAGAGGAGGAGAGCCCAGCACAAUGAAGUGGAGAGGAGGCGAAGGGACAAGAUAAACAACUGGAUCGUCCAGCUCUCCAAAAUCAUUCCAGACUGUAACACUGACAACAGCAAGACAGGAGCGAGUAAGGGAGGGAUUCUGUCCAAAGCCUGUGACUAUAUCCGGGAACUCCGCCAGACCAACCAGCGAAUGCAGGAGACUUUCAAGGAGGCCGAAAGGCUGCAGAUGGACAAUGAGCUCCUGAGGCAGCAGAUAGAGGAACUCAAGAAUGAGAACGCAUUGCUUCGAGCCCAGCUGCAGCAACAUGGCCUGGAGAUUGUUGGGGAGACGUCCCGGCAGUGACACCCCUUCCUGCCCCCCUUCCCUGGGGUCUUUGCUACCCCUGUCCCAACCCUUAGCACAGAGAGGGAGAGAGUCUGCCCCCUCCCCCAGCUGCAUUUUUUAUAGUAGAUUUUUAACAAAAAUGGGGAGAAAAAAGCAUUUCCAUGAAUACAGCACCCCACCCCCAACAAAAACCACCCUACCCACCACGUCCACCUUCUCCCAUCUCUGUGUGUUGUCUCUGACUCUCUCCCUUUUCCUCUACCCCAAUUUCUCCACUUUAAUUCAGUCAUGACACCUAACGGCUCCCUGCUGGCCUUCCCUUUCCUGCCUUCACCUUGGUGGAAGGAAGGAGGCAGGACACAAGGAAAGAAAUCCUUCCUUACCUUGACCCCUUUAUGCCAGGCCUGCCUGCCCUCUUUCUCUUUCCCUGGAGGUACAGAGACAGAGCUGCUCAGAAGGGAGGAAGCCAUUGGUGGGGACACCCCCACAGCUAGGGGCUGUUUGGACUUGUGGCCCCGGCUUCCCACCUCCUCAGCUCACUUCCUGACACCCUUACCCCUUCUUUGGGUGUGUGUGUGUGUUUUAAUUUCUUUAUGAAAAAAAGAAAAAAGAAAAAAAAAAGAGAAAGGUAUUUAAACUGCAAUAAACUGGCCCAUGUGGCCCCCGCCUCAA